AUGGGGGCCCCUCUGGGUCCUUCUCCGUCUUUGAUAUGGCGAUCUAUUUUGUGGGGACGGGAGAAUGCUAAGGUGGCUGAUCUAAUCACUGAUUCUAGAGUAGGGGAUUUGGCUUUGCUAACAAACCACUUCUGUGGGGAGGAUAAAGAGGCCAUAACUAGCAUAGCUCUAGGUAAGUACUUAGUUAAAACUGGAUAUCGGGUGGCUUUAUCCCAAUGCGAUGAGAACUCUGAUAUUGGUGGCUCAGAUUCCUCAACAAGACAAUCUUUUCGGAAGCAACUCUGGAAGCUUGAGGUGCCAAGUAAGAUUAAGAAUCUGGUGUGGAGGGCGUGCUUAGACAUCUUUCCCUCUGCUGUUAAUCUGUAUAAGAGGAAAGUGAUUCAGUCCCAAGUUUGCUUCAGAUGUGGCAAAUAUUAUGAGGAUGCCUGCCAUGCUUUGUGGAGUUGUAAGGUCAGCAAGCAGUUUUGGAGGUGUACGGGGUUUGCUGGGCGUUUUAAAAUUAGUGGAGGCUCUUUUGCAGAUUUAUUUGAUCCGGUUAUUAGAGCUUGCUCACAGGUCGACGUGGAGAGGUUUGUUUGUUCUGUUUGGAAGCUCUGGCAGACACGUAAUGAUAUGUUGCAUGGGAAAUCUAUUCCUCGCGUACAAGACUUAGUCGAGAGAACUAUGGAGCUAUAUGGAGGUUACAAAUCCUGUUUGGUGCGGCCCCAGUUGUUUGGGGUGUCUCGGCAAAUCAAAUGGGUUCGCUCGCCUUUGCAUACCUUUAUGCUUAAUUGUGAUGGUGCCUUGGACCGUGAAGGAGAAAGGAGAGGGGGGGGGGGGGUUGGUUGUUGUAGAGAUAAUGCAGGGAGAUUCAUAUGUGGGUUUGCUACUUUCAGUCCACUUGGGAUGAAUGUAUUAUGCACUGAGCUGGUGGCAUUGAGAGAAGGGUUAUUGAUGAUGGGAUUUAAAGGCUAUACUCAGUUUUUGCUUGCAACUGACUCCAAAGAAGUAGUGGCGAUGCUCAAGGAAGAUUUGGAGUGGCGGAGUAAUUUGGGUAAUGUGGUGGAGGAUAUUAGACAAUUAAUGGCGGAUCGUGGGGUGGUUGAUGUGGUGUUUCAACCUCGCGAUGGCAAUGGGGCUGCACAUGCACUGGCCCAGUUUGGAUUGAAGAAAGGUCUACGUUUUUUUUUGGGAAGAUAUUGCUCCUAG